ACAAGAAUUCAGAAGAGAAAUAACUUGGAGCUCCCUUAAUAUGUGUGAAGAAAGUGGUGAACCAGAAGAUGAAAAUAAUGAACCAGAAAAUAUGAACAUUGAUGAAGCCUACUUACUCGAUGCCUCUUUAUAA